AUGACUCUUCUCAUGCAGUACAGUAAUCACAUGGUUAGCUGCGUCAUAACAGAUGUACAACUGGUUGAUGGUCCAUCAUCUAAUAAAGGUACAGUAGAGAUCAAGCAAGAUGGCGGCGAUUGGGAGACGACAUGUGGAAUAAAUCUUGAUACCAAUGACGUCAUCGUCAUCUGCAGACAGUUAAGAUUCACAGGAGCAAGCCUAGCAAUGACAGCCACACCUUAUGGGCAGAAUUCAAUUCCUGCCAUAGGGCUGCAUUGUAACGGAAGUGAAGGUAACCUGUCAGCUUGUUCUACAUCCUCACAUACAUCGGAGUGUUCGCCAGCAGGAGCAGCAUCUUGUCAUGGUGACGGAUAUCUUGGAUGUUUUGUGGACAUGAAAGGUGACAGGGUGUUGUCAGGCGACAGUCUGGAAAAUUUUUCAAUGAUGACCAUUCCUUAUUGCAUCCAGUUCUGUCAAGGGUCCACCACAGCUAACUAUGUAUACGCUGGUGUUGAAAGUGGAAAUGAAUGUUACUGUGGAAAGGCCAGUGAUAACUAUACUAGACAUAGAGAGGGAGUAGAUGCAGACUGUUCUUUUCCAUGUCAUGGAGACCCUACUGAGAGCUGUGGUGGUAGUGGAUACAUAGCAGUCUUUACCAGCUUAUAUGCAGGGAUUGGUGGAGGUGUGGCUGCUGUUGUGAUCGUCCUUAUAGUCAUCGUCGCCAUCGUUUGUUUCAGGAAGAGAAGGUCACAUCAGAGGACAAAGGGUAUUGUCUCUUCACAAAGGGCAACCCUGUCUCCAGCCAGCAGGCCUCCAGCAUACGAUGAGAUAUAUGACUUCGGUAUCCCCAACGGUGCAAUGGCAGAUUCAUCUUCUGCCAGAGGCUUCCAACCUGGGUCACAAGCACACAGUAGCGCGAAAUCAAGAGGACAUAAUAAAGUUCUCCUUGUAAAUUUGAAUCCCAAGAAAUCAUCGAAUAUAUAUGAGGGGACAAUGGAUGAAACCUCAGAUGAUGAACCGACGCGAAAUCCUUCACGUGGGACCACUGCCGUCCCGCAGAACAGGACCGACCGAUUAAGCGUCCAUUACGCCAUGCCUGACAAGAACGGAAACGAAGCACAGGACGGCUACGACGAAAUUAAUCUUGGAAUUGCACCCUAUUCUUCUUUUGAAAAUCCUGAGAAGCCAACCGCUCCGGCGAAGAUGGCCGACAGAAUGAGCGUUGUUUACGCCGCGCCCGACAAGAACGGCGGACGAAACGUCACCUCGGAUGAUUUGGACAGUCUGUAUGCUAUGCCAGAUAAGAAUGGAAACCGAAACCCUUCGGAUGAUUCUUCGGAAGAUGUCGGCAGUUUGUAUGCGAUGCCCGAUAAAUCCCGAGGAAAGCCGGAUGGAUACGAUGGUGACCAGGAUCUCUACGCUAUAGCUAAUGACUCGUUUUCUGGUGAUCAGUUGGAUGAAAUGGAGAUGGUUGAUAACGAACUGUAUACUAUGUAAUAGCUGUCGGUUUUAAGUUACAGUAAACAUAUCAAAUGAAUGAAAAAAAAAUCCUUAUUCAGUUUUCUUUAAAAUUUCAUUAAACAGGGGAGCGUUAUACAAAAGGCGUUGUCACACGUUUUAUCCGACAAGUCCCAUUUUAUCCGACAGUUACUAUAGUAUAGCUGUGCUUCUCAGUCAAUCAAAUUCUAACAAAGUUGUCAGAUCCGGCAACUGUCGGACGAAAAUAUUAUAAAUUAUAUAAAACGUUCUACUGAUUAUUACAUCAUUUCUUAAUUGCAAUUUUGUAUGCAAAUCAUCCACACAUACCAUUUGUAUGCCCUCUACACUUUCCUGUCCAUUCAAUGACUGCAUUCCUUCAGGACAAAAAUGUAAACAAAAGGAAACAAGAUGUAGAAAUGUACAUUUGUCGUAUUGCAAAAUAUGUACAAAUGAAUACAAACAAAUACAAACAUCAUUGUCCAAAUUCUAUAUGGAAAAGAUUUUAUCUUAAAUCUUUGAUAAAACAGCCAAGGGAAGAUAAAUUCGUCUUCGUUUUGACCAACAUGAGGAUAAAUUCAUCUUCAUGACAAUUACAAUUAUUGAUCACGUAGGCCAUUUUGACGAAGCAUAACAACCGAAAUUGAAAAAAAAAACAAUUUUGGAUAUAUGGGACCUCCUUUGUUUAGAUCUUAAAAUCAAGCCAAUAGAUCAAACUCUGACAAAUAACCGCUUUUGUAUAAUGCAGACAUGCUGCAGAAUACCUGGAAUUUCAAUAUCUUAUGUUAGCUCGCUGAAAGACGAAAUGUGCCGAACGGUGUGUGUAUACAUUUAACCCAUGAUGUUUGUAUACAAUGUGCCAACAAUUAAAGUAAGGUCAAGGUCCGUACAGCAGAUCGCUUCUGUAAGGUCAUUUAU